GUAGACAGACGUAGGCUGCUUCCUUCUUUUAUUUCUUCUUCUUUUUUGUGAAAUUCAGAUCUGGCCAACAGUACAGAGCAUUUUUAUUUCUUUAUAUAAUCUACAGUCACACCAGACUUCCUGCUUUUCCUCACUGCAUGAAGCCCAUUUGGUUGGAUGAAGGAGACAUGGCCUCAGAUAUUCUGGAGGUGGCUGCUCUGGGUCGGCCUUUCACCUUAGGGAUGCUUUACGAUGCCCGGAGAGAUAAACUUAUCCCAGGUGUCACACUGUGGGAGGCUAAAACUCUGCAGGAGAAGUCAGUGGAGAAUGAUCAACACAGCAGUGAGUUUGAAGUCAGUGCAACUGAUUUCACUGACAAAGACUCCUCUCUGCUGGAUGUUAAUGCUUCCCUGAAGGCCAGUUUCCUGAGUGGACUGAUUGAAGUUGGAGGAUCAGCCAAAUAUCUGAAUAAUAAUAAGAAAUCUCACCAUCAGGGCCGAGUUACGCUUCAGUACAAAGCUACCACCAAGUUCAAACAGCUGACUUUGACUCCAGAUGAAACCAAAAAAACUAAACAAGCAGAAGAUGUGACGAGUUUGGCAACACAUGUAGUCACAGGAAUCCUUUAUGGAGCAAAUGCUUUCUUUGUGUUUGACAGUGAGAAGUUAGAUUCUCACAGCAUUCAGGACAUCCAGGGCAGCAUGCAAGCUGUGAUAAAGAAGAUUCCCUCAUUUAAUAUUGAGGGAAAAGUUGACAUCAAGCUGAGUGAUGAAGAAAAAGCUGUGACUGAUAAAUUCACCUGCAAAUUCUAUGGAGACUUCAUUCUUGAAAGCAACCCUGCAACAUUUGAAGAUGCAGUGAAGACCUACAUCCAACUUCCAAACCUACUGGGAGAACACAAAGAUAAUGGUGUUCCACUGAAGGUCACACUGGUGCCACUGAAGAAUUUACAUCCAGAAGCUGCUGAGAUGAUGACAGAGAUCAGUGCUGGACUUGUUAGAAAGGCUCAAGAUACUCUGAAGGAGCUCCAUAACCUGGAAAUAAGUUGCAAUGAUCUGCUGGAGGACAGAGUGGUGAAAAGCUUUCCACAGAUACAAGAAAAGUUGAGCAGAUUCCAGGACCUCUGUCUGUAUUUUAGAUCUUCACUCCAACAGAAAAUGGCCAAAAAACUUCCGUCCAUCAGGGCAGGUGAGGAAGAUGAGCAGGAAUUAGUGAAAGUCUUUAAUGACAGAUACAAGUCACCGUUCAGUCAGGAGAAAUUAACCAAGUGGAUCAAAGAUGAAGAGAGAGAAGUCACCAUCAUCAGGUACUUUGUAGACAUGAUGGAGGGAACAAAGAUCAUCUCAGAUCAGUCUGAGCUGGACAGAGAGGUGUUUAAUCCAAGAGGAGAGGAAGUUCUCUGCUUUGUUUUCACCUCCCUGAAAUCCACUGACCCAUAUCUGCAGAACAUGUCUGACUACUUGGAUAAAACUAAAUCUCAUGUUACUGAGGAUAUCACUCCAUCUACCCAGGACCAAUGGUACUUCUCAGAUGAAGUGACAGCCAAAAUGAGAGAAAAAGCAAAGCUUAUCCAUGAUCUUGCCAAAGUGCUGAAGAACUACAGAAGAAUUCAAUUCCUUUUAGCAGUGAUUCCAAAUGAUAAAUGUAAAGGAGCAAGUAUCUACCACUACAGGAACACCACCCUAGUCACUAAUGAUUUCUUACGGCCUAAAGUCUCUCAUGUGGAAAAAGUAACAGACAGAAGAGAUUUAAUCUGGUAUGCCUGUGAUCUCACCCUGGAUCCAAAUACAGCACACCACAACCUCACUCUGUCUGAAGGAAACAAGAAAGCAACCUGGGGAGAGAGGCAGCCGCAUCCUGACCUUCCGCAGAGAUUUAGUGCCUUGCCUCAGGUUCUGUGCAGAGAGGCUCUGACUGGGUGCUGUUACUGGGAGGUGGAGUUGAGCAUGAACAAUGGUGCAGAUGCUGCUGCUGCUGUUUGCUACAAACAAUACAACAGGAAAAGUAGUUGUAGUUCGUAUAUAUUUGGUUUGAAUGGAAUUUCCUGGUCUUUAGGCCACAAGUGGAAACCAGACCCAACUUUCUACGCAGAGCAUAAUUCUGAGAGCAGUUUUUACUCAGUUCCUUCUACAGGCAGCCACCGACUGGGGGUGUUUCUGGAUUGGCCUGCAGGCACUUUAUCCUACUAUAGAGUUUCAUUUGAUAAACUGAGUCACAUUCACACCUUCAGAACUAAAUUUUCUGGGCCUGUUUACCCAGCCUUUAAGGUCUGGGAAAACAGCUACGUGGGCCUCUGUCUGUUCAAUUCCCAUCCUCUAAGCCAGGGAUAUUCAAAUAAAAUUUAAAGAGGCCCAGUCACACAAAAUUUCAUGAG